GUCAUCACCGGACGGGGCCCGGGACCACUGGCAGGCGGCCUGGCAGCGAUGCUCCCUCCCCUCCUCCUCCAUCAAUGGACGAAAUAGAAGUGCUCGUGAGCGGCACGGCCUCACAUCGAGUAUAAAAGGAGCGGGCGGAGAAGAGAUCAGCCGCUGUGAGAGCCAUACACCCCUCACCUGCACACACACACACACACAUAACACAUAUACACCCACAUACACGCCUCCACCUCCUGCACCGUCCCCCUUUCAUUCCUGCGCACAUCCCCUACGGUAGUCUGACCGGAUGAGUUACCCGGUGGACACUAUAGGGAGCCCCUUCCGGAGAAGUAUGGACACUAGGACGACCGGCUACGGCUACAGCCGCUCCAGCGGCACCCCCUCCAGCGGCUUUCGCUCCCAGUCCUGGUCCCGGGCCAGUCCCGGCUCCACCAUGACCACCUCUUACAAGAGGAGCGUGAACAUGCCGGUGUCCCGAGCUUACAGCUCAACGGUGCUCAGCUCCGCCGACAGCGUUGAUUACACCCAAACCUCCAUCCUGAACGGAGACUACAAGCGAUCGAACGAGAAAGAGCAACUCCAAGGGCUCAACGACCGGUUUGUUGUUUACAUUGACAAGGUGCACUACCUGGAGCAGCAGAACAAGCAGAUCGAGGCGGAGAUCCAGGCACUGCGGCAGAAGCAGGUGUCCCGCUCCCAGCUGGGAGACCUGUACGACCAGGAGCUGCAGGAGCUUCGCUCCAUGCUGGAGCAGAUCAACCACGACAAGGCGCAGAUCCAGCUCGACACCGACCACAUCGAGGAGGACAUCCAGCGGCUCAGGGACCGCUUCGACGAAGAGGCGCGCAUCCGGGAGGAGACAGAGGCGAUCAUCCGCGUCCUGAAGAAGGACGGCAGCGACUCGGAGUUGAUGAAGUCCGAGUUGGAGAAGAAAGUUCAGUCGCUGCAGGACGAGAUCGCCUUCAUCCGCAAUAACCACGAGGAAGAGGUGAGCGAGCUCAUCGCUCAGAUCCAGGCGUCUCAGGUGACGGUGGAGAGGAAAGACCUCCAGAAGGCGAACAUCACCGAGGCGCUGCGGGAGAUCCGCUGCGAGCUGGAGGGACACUCCAACCAGAACCUGCAGCAGGUGGAGGGCUGGUUCAUGUGCCGCUACGCCAAGCUCACCGAGGCAGCCGAGCAGAACAAGGACGCCAUAAAGUCCGCCCGGGACGAGAUCGCCGACUACCGCCGCCAGCUGCAGUCCAAGACGGUGGAGCUGGAGUCCAUCCGCGGGACAAGAGACUCUCUGGAGAGGCAGCUGAAUGACAUCGAGGACCGCCACAACAGCGACCUGGCCAGCCUGCAGGAGACCAUUCACCAGCUGGAUAAUGAGCUCAAGAGCACGAAAUGGGAGAUGGCUCGUCACCUGCGCGAGUACCAGGACUUGCUCAAUGUCAAGAUGGCCUUGGACAUCGAGAUUGCUGCAUACAGGAAACUCCUCGAGGGCGAGGAAACCCACUUUAGCACCUUCCCGUACCGCCAGGCGGUCACCACCACCAAAAUUUCGAAGCCCAAAUCAGAAGCUACCAAGCUGAAGGUGCAGCACAAGUUCGUGGAGGAGAUCAUCGAGGAGACGAGGGUCGAGGAUGACAAGUCUGACAUUGACGAGGCCCUGGCAGAGAUUGCACAAGAGCUGUCCGCCACGCUCGGAGACGGAGGGGAGGAGGCAGAGGAGGAGGAAGGGGAGGCGGAAGAGGCAGGAGAGGGAGGAGAAGAAGAGGGUGAGGCUGAGGAGGGAGAGGGCGAGGGCGAGGCGGAGGAGGAGGAAGUCGUAGCUGCCACAGAAGCCAAAGUUAGUGCCAGCGCACCCGCUAAAGAGGGGGAGGAGGAGGAGGAGGAGGAAGAGGAUGGAAAGGGUGGCGAUGAGGAAGGCGAGGGGGAGGGAGAAGGCGGUGAGGAGGCAGAGAAAGAAGAAGAAGGUGAGGGAGGGGAUGACGCAGAGGGAGGUGAUGAGGGGGAAGGAGAAGAGGGAGCAGAGGAGGAGGAGGAAGUUGAGGAGACGGUAUUGUGCUCCAAAGCUCCCGAGUCCAAAGCCUCCCCUGACAAAGAGAAGGCCGGAGACAAAGAGGGCAGCGGAGGAGAGGAGGAAGCUGCUGCCGAAGAGGGUGGCGAUCAGGAUGAAGACGCCGGCAGUGACAAAGCAUCCAAAAGUGGAGAUGAGAAAGAUGAGAAAGAUGAGAUAGAGGACGCAGACAAAGGCAAAAAGGACGAUAGUGAAAAAGACGAGAAGAAGGUGAAGGAGGAGAAAGCGGACGACAAAUCAGAGGAGGACAUUGCCAAGACAGAAGCUCCGAAAACAGAAGCUGCCAAGCCUGAGCCCAAGAAGGAAGAGGCUGCCAAAACAGAAGUAUCAAAACCUGAUUCCCCAAAACCCGAGUCCCCAAAGCCUGGAUCCCCCAAGUCCGAAUCACCCAAACCUCAGUCCCCUAAAUCUGAAUCUCCCAAGCCAGCAUCUCCCAAGUCCGAGUCCCCCAAAGAAGGCUCGCCAAAGGCUGGAUCCCCCAAACCCAGCUCCCCAAAAGCUGAGUCCCCUAAGUCAGAAUCUCCAAAACCUCAGUCCCCAAAAGCUGAAUCCCCCAAAGCUGAAUCUCCAAAGAGAGAGACUGCCAAGCCUGAGGCUCCUAAGGCUGCUGAGGAGAAAUCAGAGAAGAAGACUGAGCCGGCAGACGACAAGAAGGUAGAAAAGAAAGAUGUGGCCAUGAACGGCGACUUGGACAAGAGUCCAGAGGAGAAAGAGAAGAAGGACGAGGAGAAAGAAGCCGACGUGAUCGCCAACGGCGUGGACGAGAGCCCCGUCAAGGAAGAUGGCAGCCAGAAGGUGGUCAUCACCAAAACCGUGGAGACGAUCACAACCGGAGAGGACGGCUCCAAGCAUGUCACCAAGUCAGUCACCGUGACCGAGACGGUGAAGGAGGUGGAGGAGGUCGAGAAGAUGGUCGCCACCAAGAAGACGGAGAAGCACUCCACCCAGUCCAUCAAGGAGGUGACCGAGGGCAACUGACUCCACACGCCUGAUCCAGAGGGAGGAGGAGCGGGGCCCGAGGAGAGGACGCGAAGACAAGCAAUCAAUCCUGAACUAACAUAACAAAAAUCAUACAGCUAGAGCGAUGUAAUAAAAAUAACCACUCUCAAACAUACGAAACAAAUCAUAGAGAGAAGCCAAAACUUAAAUGCUAUGAAUCUCAAAAAGAUGCAUGUUGAGUGACAGCUUUCAUGGGGCUUCGCUGCAGACGCGGUCAGGAGCGAGUGACUGAGACGUUUUAUCCUCUUUUUUCUUUCUUUUCUGCAGUUCAAGGGUGAGCU